AUGGCGGAAACCAGGAAAUGGACGCCGAAGGAUGAUGACGUGAAUGAGGAUGAGGAGGAGGAGGAUUCUCAGCAAUACUCGAACCAGAAGGAUGCUAUCCUCUUUGCUAUCGAUGUCUCGACUACAAUGUUGGCACCCCAAGAGCUCGACGACGGAGAUGAAGGAAAGAGGAAGGGUUCCACGCCUGCUUCGGCGGUGCUCACAGCAUUACGGUGCGCCUAUGGAGUGCUGCAGUCUAGGAUUAUUUCGAACCCGAAUGACAUGAUGGGGAUAUUGCUGUUUGGAACCGAAGCUACGAAGUUUGAUACUGGUGGUGGUGGAGGUGGAGGGGUAGGGGGAGGGUAUGAGCAUUGCUAUUUGCUGCUGGAUCUGGAUAUUCCCGAUGCGGAGGGGAUUAAAGGGUUGAAGAACCUUAUUGAGGACCCCGAAGAGUUCGAACCCCUCCUUAAACCCGCCAAGGAGCAAGUCUCCAUGGCCAAUGUUUUCUUCGCUGUGAACCAAAUAUUCACGACUAAAGCUGCGAACUUCCAAUCCCGUCGGCUGUUCAUAGUAACCGACGAAGACGACCCGCACAGCACCGACAAAGCGCUCAAGAACAGCUCUGUAACUCGUGCUCGGGACCUCUACGACCUCGGCGUCCGGAUUGAUCCGUUCUUCAUUUACAACCCAGCGAAAGGCGGCUUCGACUCCUCAAAGUUCUACGAUGAUAUCGUGUACCGCUCCCCCACAGACGAGGAGGAUGAUUAUCAUGCUGCUGUGAGCGGUAAAAUGCGCUUGAGGCAGAUGGUUUCGAGCAUAAAGUCGAAAUCAACACCUAAGCGCGCUCUCUUCACCAACAAACUCGAAUUGGGCCCUGGUCUAAUAAUCGGUGUGAAAGGCUACCUCCUGUUCAAACGCCAGGAGAAGGCCAGGAGUCACUAUGUCUACACCGGUGGCGAAAAGGCGCAGAUAGUGAAAGGUGUGACGACCUGGCUCGCCGAAGAGACUGCGAAGGUGGCCGACAAGACGGAGAUCCGGAAGGCUUACAAGUUCGGUGGUGAGCAGAUAUUGUUCACCCCCGAGGAAAUGAAGGCCAUGAGGGACUUUGGCGAGCCGGUUAUCAGGAUUAUCGGCUUCAAGCCUGCAUCCGCCGUGAGGUUCGACAUGAACGUUAAGCCGGCGAACUUCAUAUACCCCGACGAAACCGGAUACAUCGGCUCGACGAGGGUCUUCGCAGCGCUACACGCGAAGCUGGUGAAGGACGGGAAAGUGGGCAUCGCCUGGUGCAUCUCUCGUAAGAACGCCGCGCCACAGAUCGUAGCUAUUCUUCCCAGCGUCGAAGAACUCGGGGACGACGGUGUGCAGAUUAUUCCUCCGGGGUUCUUUCUCGUACACUUGCCUUUUGCGGACGACGUUAGGCAGAACCCAGAGACUAAGCUUGUUCGCGCCCCCGCUUCCCUGAUCGACCGCAUGCGCGCUGUUGUGAAACAGCUGCACAUGCCGAAGGGCUACAUACCGGAUAAAUACUCCAACCCCUCCCUCCAAUGGCACUACCGUAUCCUACAAGCCAUUGCCCUGGACGAAGAUAUGCCCGCCCAACCAGUCGACACCACACUGCCGAAAUACAAACUUAUAGACAGGCACGCAGGAACUUAUUGCCGGGAGUGGGGCUCGGAGUUGGAAAAGCUCGCGGGCAAUCUCGCCAUCCCGGCCGCGAGGACUUCGGCUUCGGCUGCGAAGCGGAGCACGCUGGUCAAGGGGGAGGGCAUGCCGAGGAAGAGGGUUAAGGCUGAAGAUGGAGGAGGGGAGGGGGAUGAAGUCAUGGCCGCCUGGAGGGGUGGUGGAGUUGGGAGGCUUACGGUUGCGAAGUUGAAGGCGUGGCUGGGGGGGAAGGGAUUGGAUACUGAUGGGAAAAAGGUGGAUUUGGUGGCGAGAGUUGAGGGGGCUUUGGGUGGGUAGUGUUUUACCAAAACUCUAGAGACAUGUCUGAUUGGUGGAUGCCCUGUAUGCUUGAAUGAUAUGGUUUGGGUGGGCGAAUGAUUUGUCGUGAACAUUGA